AUGUUGCAGGAGAUCCAAAAUGCACAGCCGGAGGGAAGUCCUGUGCGAUCAGCCCGAUACCUUCGAACCCUUCGAUUGCUGCGUUUGUUGCGCUUGCUGCGCGUCGCGAAGCUGCAGCAGGAGCUGACCCUGUUGGCAAACAAUUUCCUUUCUACGUACGCGUUUAUGGUCAUGAAAGUUGUCUCCGGUCUGCUGAUGAUCUUAGCCGUGAAUCACAUAAUUGCUUGCUGUUGGUACGGUCUCGGAAGAUGGAUGCUCAGACUGCAGCUGCAAAGUAGAGCAUUAGGGCUUUCAGUCACAGCUUCCAGCCUAUGCAUUGAUUCUGCCGGAAGGUUUUUCGCAGUUUUGGUCAUCCUCCUUGCGAUGGGGACAUUUUCAUCGUUCAUUAGCUCUAUCACAACCACAGUGAGCACUUUGCGCUCUGCACGUGAAGAGCAGUUCAAGAAGCAUUCGUUCUUGGUUCGGUUCUUCAACGAGAGAAAUUUGUCGAUCGAGCUCUACGGCAAGGUCAACGACAUUUUGAGGAAGCAGGGAGCGUAUGACAUCAGGUUGAAAGAAGACGAAGUUCAGCUACUAUCCGGUGUGCCUGAACGCCUCAAGGUUCACCUUCACGAGGAAAUGUUCCUGCUUCCGCUCAUGUCGCUGCGCAUCUGGCGCUACUGGAAGAACGAAGACGACGAGCCCUUCUUCUGGCAGGUCUGCCACCUCGCGAUGUGUGAGCAUAUUGCAACGCCGGGCCAGGAUGCGUUCAUGCCUGGCACAGAAUGUGGUCAGGUUUACAUCAUUGAGGCUGGUUCAAUGGGCUACAUUGCCCGGCAACUUACCUCGUUUGAGUCCGAGCACAUCCACAGUGGCGAGGUGUUUUGCCUGCCGUGUAUUUGGGCAGAAUGGCUACAUCGCGGGCGCCUGACGGCAAAUACCGGUAAGACCUGCUAUUACAAUGGUUUGGAUUGUGUGAAGUUCGCAAACCUUGUCAAGCAACAUGGCUCUCCGCUCUGGCAGUAUUUGCAGAUAUAUGGCAUUCUGCUGAUUGGGGAGGUCGAGCACAUGGAUGCUGAGGAUAUCUGGGUCACCGACAAGGCCCUUGCGGACAGAAAGAUGGACGAUAUAGCCGGGCGUGCUCAGCGCUUCGCUGACAUCGUCAAUGCGCGGAAGGGCCACAGGGGCGCUUCAUUCCUGGCCACUCUUGGCGCCAUGGCCAACACAGGAUCGCAGCACUCUCCAUCCUUCUUGAACCCGCGAGAGUCUGAGAAAGACUCCGAGCAAGACUUCGAGAAAGGCUCUGCGAAGAUUGAGGGAGAUAUCGUCUUCCCCAUGGAGCUUUAG